AUGCAUUUCACAAAAGCAUUCACCUCGCUGGUCCUCAGCGUCAGCACUGUUACCGCAGCGGUACUACCCAGACAGAUCAACAGUACUGGAGUCUCCAACACCACAACCACAAACACAACACUACCACCUGUAUCUCUGGACUCGGACAGCUUCAUCAUCCGCGCCCAACAACUCAAUGACACUUCCAUCACUCUGGGUUACAUGUAUGCCGAAUAUGCCUACCCACCCGGCUACUAUGCAACCCUGCGACCUUCGAAGAGCGAUGCUAUCGUGGGCCAUUUGACCGAUACGACGAACGCCAGCAACAGCAGUUUGGUAUUUGGAGACGAGAACCCUCAAGGUUUCGUGCUGUACCCGUUGAUCUCGUAUGCGAAUGCCUCGAUUGCGCAAAUUUUCUCUGGCCAGCAGGGGACCAAGGGUGUUUAUGUUAAUGAGGGCGGAAUCGUGGAUUGGGCUUCUCAGAGGGUGUCUUGGUAUGGUGAGUUUUUAUGCCUUUUAUCCUGUGGUGUGUUGAGUGCUGACCAUGUUCGAAUAGCUUGUGACCAGGCUCUGGAAUGGGGCAAGGCUACUGCUAUCUUUUAUAGGUGGACAAAUGUGACCACCCCCCACAACUGUGUCGAUAUCCAGUUGAUCGCGGAGUUUGUGUCCUCAUAG